CACGGAAACGUGCGCAUGCGUUUUGCUGUGCCCCCACGGGUAGUGGAAAGGCGGUGUCAGUUUAGAAGCAAGCGGAGUAAAACGCUGAGAAAAUGUUGAGAGGCAAUGUGACCGGGGACAGUCGGGUGCGGAGUAGCUGCUUCAGGAAUAUUUUGAAUAGGAUGGCACUGGACACUUUGCUGCCUUGGAGGAGUUUUUAUGCUAAUUAAGGAAACCACAAGAUACCUCAAUCUUUACUCUCGGCGAAGCAGAGUGGAAAAACAAAACAAAACACCUCCCACGGACAAUAAAAGCAAACUCGUAAAAGACUCAGAAACUCAACUGGGAAAAAAGCUGUUAAUUCAUCGACCAGCUGAGUGAUAUCCAGCAAAAUCUUCCAAGAGACAAUGAAUUUAAAAUUUGGGACCCAAAGGUCAGGAUCUGAGAUCUGUAUAAGAAUGGCAGUGGAAUUAUCAGAAGGGCCUUUGAUAAUGAUGCUUCCUGCUUGUCCAAAACAAGAGUACUCAUGCAGCAGGAAAGUUGUCAGGAGCCGCCCUCGUCCCUCGAGGGAGGGCAGCGUACGCAGGACAUCGCACCCGGACGUUCGCCUCCGCCGUCUAAGAGAGAAUAUGGAUUUUGCCACAAGAAGAUGGUUCUACCUGCCGCUGGGCUGCAUGAUGCUGAUAAAUCUGAUUCAUGCAGAUUUUGAAUUUCAGAAGGGGGUGCUUGCCAGCAACAGCCCAGGAAUCAUGGAAGACAUUGAUCUCCAGUGCUGGAAUGCUUGCUCUUUGACACUGAUAGAUCUCAAGGAAAUCAAGAUAGAGCACACUGUGGAUUCUUUCUGGAAUUUCAUGUUGUUCCUGCAAAAAUCCCAGCGGCCUAGACAUUAUAAUGUCUUCUUAAGCAUAGCUCAGGAUUUCUGGGACAUGUAUGUAGACUGCUUGCUUUCAAGAUCCCAUGGAAUGGGCAGAAGACAGGUGAUGCCUCCCAAGUAUAAUUUUCCACAGAAGAUAACAGGAGGACUGGAUUUUACAAAACAUGAGUUUUACAUUUAAGGGAACACAGAAAAUACCUCAAGCAAGAUGACACCAACCUGAAAAUUUAACCCUGUGAUCCCAUCCAGGACACCACUUUCGAUGAGUUGUCAUGUCUUCUUAGGCUCUAAGAAGAUGUUUUUGAUGACCUUGACACUUCCCGAUGCUGGUGAAAAGCAACCAGAAUGGAAGUCCUCAAACACCCCACACUCAAGCCAUCUUGACUGAAUUAUUUGCAGUUUUUCACAGGUGCCAAACUUCCUCCUGUAUUACCUUUGCAUAUGUUGUACAUGUGACUGUCUUCUGAUGUCUAACUCCUUAUAAGCCUCAGCUCCUGUGACCUUUUCUAGGAAACCUUCUUUACAUGCUCUGCUAUGUUAGGUGCCACUUUGUCUGUCAUUCUGGUUUUGUACUGACCGCAUAUUUGACCGGUAUUUACUGGCUCAGCAGACUUCCUACUAGACUGAGAUAUUUUUAAAGCAAGAAGAGUCACAUACCCAGGUUUACAUCCCAAGCCCUCAGCGUAGUGUCUAGAGUAGUGUUUCUCAAAACUUAGCAUGCACCAGAAUCAUCUGGAAAGCUAAUUAAAAGACUCCUGAGCCCCACCUUCAGAGUCUGCUUCAGUAAGUCCGGGUGGGGUUCAUGGGUCUGCAUAUACAGUUGACCCUGGAAGAGUACAGGUUUGAACUGCAGGAGUGCACUUAUACAUAGAUUUUUUUCAAUAAAUACAGACUACAGUCCCACACAAUCUGGUGGGUUUAAUCCAUGGAUAUGGAACCUUGGAUACAGAGGGCCAACUGUAAUGUUACACCUGGAUUUUUGACAGAGCCAGGGUCGACACCCCACCCCCACGUUGUUCAUGGGUCAGCUGUAUAACGAGUUCCUGAGUGAUGUUGGUGCUUCUGGUCUGGCAACCAUAUUUUGGGAACUCCUGGUCUAGAUCAUACUAGGUAUGAUAAACGUUCAUUAAAGAUUUCAAGGAUUACUUUUUUAUUUGAUUUGAAACCAAAUUAAAGCAUUUCAUAAGUUUACCCAGAGUAAGGUACACACUAAGUCCUUGCUACUCAGAGUGAGGUCCUUGAACUACCUACACAGCUAUUACAUAGGGACUUGUUAGGAACAUGGAAGUUCUGGCCCUGUGCUGGACCUACUAAAUCAGAAUCUCCAUUUUAACAAGAUUCCCAGGUAAUUAGUAUACACAUUAAAAGUUGAGGGCUUCCCUGGUGGCGCAGUGGUUGCGCGUCCGCCUGCCGAUGCAGGGGAACCGGGUUCGCGCCCCGGUCUGGGAGGAUCCCACAUGCCGCGGAGCGGCUGGGCCCGUGAGCCGUGGCCGCUGAGGCUGCGCGUCCGGAGCCUGUGCUCCGCAACGGGAGAGGCCGCAGCAGAGGGAGGCCCGCAUACCACAAAAAAACAAAA